UGAAGUAGUAGUUAUUCUGUGACGUGAAACAUCACACAAGUGCAAGCCAAGAUCACGAAAUCAAAUUUUGUAUAAUUUGUUCAAUAAUACUGUGGCUUUUCCACAAGUUUGUGUAUAUGACAGUAGUGUAUUCAAUUAAAACUUUUCACAAACAUGUUGGAGUUGAACUAGUUAAACAAAAAAAUUAUACAUUACACAUAAAACCAUAAUAAUUCAUCCUAUACCUUUGCGGGCAUAAUAAAAAUGGAUGAUUUGUAUAUUGCUGUAGUAUGUUCUUCAAAUAUGAAUAGAAGUAUGGAAGCUCAUGCCUUUCUAGCUAAGAAAGGUUUCAAAGUUAAAUCAUAUGGAACUGGAGAAAAAGUCAAAUUGCCGGGAGCAUCAGCAGAUCGACCCAAUUGUUAUGAAUUUGGUGUCCCUUACGAUGACAUUUAUAAUGAUUUAUUGGAAAAAGACAAGGCAUAUUAUACACAAAAUGGUUUACUACACAUGUUAGAUAGAAACAGAAGAAUUAAACCAUGCCCAGAAAAGUUUCAGGUUACCUCAGAACGUUUUGAUGUUAUUAUAACAUGUGAAGAGAGGGUGUAUGAUCAAGUGAUUGAAUGGUUCGGUUCAAAAAGAUCUGUAUAUAAUCAACCAGUCCAUGUUAUAAAUAUAGACAUUCAGGAUAACCAUGAAGAAGCUACUAUUGGGGCAUUCUUCAUCAGUGACAUGGUAACUAAAAUGGCACAAAGUGAAGAUCUUGAUAAUGAUAUUGAUGAACUGCUACAUGAUUUUGAGUCAAAAUGUCAUCGUGCAGUGCUCAACUGUAUUAUGUUCUACUGAAAAAGGAGGAAAACCAGAAACAUGUCUUGCAUCACAAUAGAUAGACAGAAAAUAUAUGUUUGAGGAACCUAUGUUACCUACGAAGUAUUACUUUGGGAAUGUUCUGUUUUAGCAAUUGGUUGCUCUGAUUUGGAGAGAUAAAUUUAUAGUUUUAGUUUUUACUGACUAACAUUGUCACUUUGGGUUUGUCAGUACUUUUAUAGAUUAGUAAAAUAAACCAAUUAUUGCCCACCCUAGAAUGGACCUGUGCCCACACUAGGAUUCUGGACUACCAAUAUGGAAUUCUAUUAAGAUACUAAUAAUAGACUGAUGUUGGGGGCUAGGCCCACCGGAAGAAAUAAUCCUAGAUAUGCCAAUUAGGUUAUCACUACCCUAGCCCUUUGAUACAUCUACUCCAACCCUACCUUACUAUACAUCUACUCUACAUCCUACCAUUUCACUACAUUUCACAUAUUUUACUCACUGUUUGAAGUUUGAACCUUCCCUGGACUAUGACAAACAUUUCAAAACCAAAAUCAGCAAAAUCAACCCAUACAUUCUUGAGAUUUAGCAAGAAAACAAUUGAAUUUUUUACACAUAAGAAAAAUGUACAAAUUCAAAACUUAAUGCCUUUUGUAUUUGCUUAUGAAAGUUAGAAUUUUUUUCAAUUACUGGCAAUGCUUUAAAAAAAUGCUAACUUUCCAAAAAUCUGUAUCAGCAGUUACAAGAAGUGAGGCACCUGUAGACCUAAAUUAAUUUUUGACUUGUAUUGUAAUGGACAAAAUAUAGCAUGCUUAUUAAUAAUUUUAUACUUUUUUAGUAUAUUUUGUUAAGAAACUGUAAAUAAAUACUUAUUAUUUAAUUAAAUGAUUAUCAUUC